AUGGAACCGCUGAUUCGCCUUCACAUUGAUGAGUUCUGCGACAUAGUUGGAACAGCCGGAGAGGUUGAUAUAGCCGUUGUGCUUGGGGCUCUGUCUAUCGACGUCCUGUCUGAUCUAUGCUUCGGCCAAAGCUUCUGUACACUAAAGGAUGAGCCGGAAAGAGAUCGUAUUUUGGAGGCUAUGGAGAAAUCCGUUCAAAUGGUUAUCAGAGAAGGGUCUAUGCAUAGGUGGCCGCGUGCUAUUUGGAAGGUCCUUCACUCAAAGAAAGACGUGAUAACACGGGGAUAUGUGUAUCAGAAAGCGAUAGGAGCCAUGAUGCGUCAAAUAAAUACCCAAAGUGACCGUGAAGACUUCUUCACCAAUAUACUCCAGGCUCGACGACCAGACAAUGGAGAGCCGUACGACCAACGCGAACUUAUGGGCGAGGCCAUUCUCCUUCUCGUCGCAGGAUCCGACACUACCUCUACAGCGUUGACCGUCAUAGUCUGGCAUCUAUUAGCAAACCCAGAGACAAUGCAGAAGCUGACACAGGAAGUAUGCGAUCGGUUCGACUCGGCCGCGGCAAUAAAUUAUAAGGAUCUCCAGCAACUCCCAUACUUACACGCGGUUAUUGAGGAAGGCCUAAGAAUCUGUCCACCAAACCCGGGCGUGCUUCCACGGGUGGUCGUUGAUCGAAAUCCAGGCUGUUUAGCAAUUGGUGACCAAAUCUUCCCUCCUGGUACUGAAAUCGGUGUUUGCAACCUCGCACUUCAACGCAAUCCUGCGUAUUUUGAUGACCCGGAAUCCUUCCUUCCGGAGCGCUGGCUGGAGAGCUCUUUGCUGAAGUGUGACAAGAAUGCAUUUGCUCCAUUCUCAUACGGUCCGAGAUCGUGUCUGGGUCGAAACAUGGCAUAUAUGGAGAUGAGCCUCACCCUAGCUCUCCUUGUGUACCGACUGAAGCUAUCAUUCAGUGAUCCUGAAAAGGAGAAAAAAUAUGGAUUUGACGUUGAAGAUGCCUUUGUCGCUAUCAAACCAUCAGUUCCGGUGAAAGUGGCGAAGACUUGGAAUACAGAGGGGUCGUGA